CGUCAUAUCCGGUCAGAGCCUCUUUUUUUAAUUUUUUUUUCGGGAAUUGUGACUGUGCCGGUGGCAGCCGCAGCAGACACCGACCUGUGACUUCAGCGGCGACUUUUUGUGGCAAGGCGGUGUUCCUAAGUGUUUGCUUUUAAAGGGGAACUGGUUUCGAGAGUGACAUUGACAUUCACUCUGCUCCUCCUCUUUAAAAUCCCUACACAUGCGACAUCUGUAAAUCACAUUGAACUGGACAGUGAGAGGAUCGGACCACCAGAGAGGCUUUGAGCACAAUGGAGGAAUCAACCGACAGACCAACCAAGAAAAAAGUUGUAGCAGUGGUGGGCGGUGGUUUGGUUGGGGCACUGAACGCCUGCUUCUUUGCCAAAAGAGGCUUUGAUGUGAAAGUAUUUGAAACUAGGGAAGAUAUUCGACAAGCCAAAAUUGUGAAGGGGAGAAGCAUCAACCUGGCUUUGUCUCACAGAGGCAGACAAGCACUGAAUCAUGUUGGAAUGGAGGAUAAGAUUGUCUCCCAGGGAAUUCCCAUGCAUGCAAGAAUGAUCCAUUCACUGAGUGGGAAACAGUCCCCGAUCACUUAUGGGAAGAAAGGCCAGUACAUCCUGUCAGUAGACCGAUCCAAUUUGAACAAAGAGCUGCUCACAGCGGCCGAGACAUAUCCAAACACGAAGCUGAACUUCGACCACAAACUGCAGGACUGGCGUGCUGAAACGGGGCUAAUGACCUUUGUCAGGUCAGAUGGAUCCGAGGAGCAGAUCAAGGCAGACCUAAUUGUGGGCUGCGAUGGAGCUUUCUCUGCCAUCCGCAAGCAGUUUCUGCGCCGCAGCCGCUUCAACUACAGCCAGACGUACAUCCCUCACGGCUACAUGGAGCUCACCAUCCCGCCCAUUAACGGAGAGUUUUCCAUGAAGCCUAAUUAUCUGCACAUCUGGCCACGAAACACAUUUAUGAUGAUUGCCCUGCCCAACACGGACAAGACAUUUACCUGUACCCUCUUCAUGCCCUUUGACGAAUUUGAGAAGAUCACCACAGGAGAUGAAGUCAUUGAGUUUUUCCAGAAAUACUUCCCUGACACCAUACCACUAAUAGGAGUUGAUGCUCUCAAGAGGGACUAUUUCCAUUUGCCUGCGCAGGCCAUGGUGUCGGUCAAGUGCUCCCCGUACCACAUUGGAGACACAUGUGUCCUUAUGGGCGAUGCAGCCCACGCAGUGGUGCCUUUCUAUGGGCAGGGGAUGAACGCCGGCUUUGAGGACUGCAUUGUCUUUGACGAAAUAUUGGAUCAGUUCAAUGAUGAUUUCAGUGUUGUACUGCCUGAGUAUACGAGAGUGCGCGUUCCAGACGAUCAUGCAAUUGCUGAUCUGGCUAUGUACAACUACGUUGAGAUGCGAGCACAUGUCAACUCCAAAUGGUUCCUUUUCAGAAAACAUGUUGAUAACUUCCUCCACUUCCUCAUGCCAAAGACAUUAGUGCCACUUUACACGAUGGUCACCUUCACAAGGACAAGAUACCAUCAAGCUCUGGAGCGUUGGAAGUGGCAAGACAAAAUGAUAAACCGUGGCCUGCUGUUCAGUGCUACAGGAGCUGUCUUUGGAGGCUCCUACCUGCUCAUUAAAAAUCCUCCCGAUAUCGACAAGCUGAUCGUUCCCGCUGAGAAAAUGUGGAACAGGAUCGUGGCCCUCAGGACCUCUUGAUGACUGACAGACUCUGAUCUGACAGCGGUGUUAAGACUGGACUGAUUACCUCCAGAAGGAACCAAGGGGGUCUACAUUUUAAUUAGUUUGAUCGAGUCCUCUAAUUUCAAAUGAAGGAAAAUUCAUUUCCUGUAAUAAUGGUUGGUGUAACUUGUCAUAAUGAUCGAUUGUUUGAUUUAAUAUGAGUUUAUCUGUGUUUGACUGAAGGACUCCGACGUUGGAUCUUUUCAGUCUUUAAACCUGAAUAAAUCAUCAGUACUUGGACAACUUUCAAUGUGCAAAUGGAACAGUUCAUAUCAAUGUUUAUAUCAAUGUUUAGAAAAGAAAUGCAAAUAAAUGUUCCCUUGGCA